CCACUUUCUGUAACGCCGUCCGCCAUCUUUUCUUUUUCAUUGAGACCAGUCAUUGGGACUGGACCCAACUUUCUCGACGAACAGUCGAUGGGUUCCGACAAGUUCCGAACGGUUCCGAGAAAACGACUCAGAGAAAUGGACGAUAGAAAUCCUUCUCCACCGCGCUUAUCUGCCGAAGAAAUCGAGUUAAUACAAUGCGACAAUAUAGGUGAUACGGUAUUUAGCAAGAAAUGGGUACUAGCUACGCUAAUGAAGUUGAUACAGUCCGUCCAGACUAACGCCGAGGGAUCGCAGGAUGAUUUUGCGAAUGACGAACAACAGCGCGAACAACAACAAUCAGCGCGCGAAGUUGAAGAUUUUCAUUCACACGACCUAGACGAUGAUUUUGAAAGAGAGUUGUGUGAACUCUGGGACAUGUCCAUGAAUGCGGUGAGUUACUUGAUUUGUAAAUUGAAAAACUCUUCGAAUUUCUGUCGAUCUUUUCAGAGCUGUAUAUAUUGAUUCGGGAAUGCGUGACAUGUCGUGUAUACUCGUAUCGUGCGCGUAUGUAUGAACGAGUAGAUGGGCUAAACUACAGAAUACCCUGCCACUUUGAAGAAACUCCUAAAGAUGGGUGGAUAUAGAGUCAUUUGGCAUCCAUGUAGCAGUUUUUUGUGGGAACUACGCAAGGCUAUGCUCUAAAGAAAACUUAAGGGAGCCUGACCAUUCCAGCUUGGGUGGGGACGUUCGAUUUUUUUUUCCGAACCCCCCCACCCUGGAUGAGCAGAUUCCCACCACCCCACUCUUUUGUCAGAACCCUUUGAGAAAACUUCUCCUACCCCCCUCUUUUUUUGGUCCCUUUAAAAACAAAACAAAUUCCUUUUGUUAUCUGCCAAAGAUGCUCAUCCAUCAGGGGAGAUUGGCGUAAAAAUGGAAGGUCCUGUGCCCAGGUAUGAAUGAAUGAAUGUACAGCGUGCAAAGAAAGUAGUAUCUAAUAGCCCGGGGCUAGUGAAUAUUGUGCUUGACUUGCCCAAAGGGCAAGUAAAGUUUUUUGAGGAAUUCAAAUUACAGAAAAACUGUGUAAUCAAUCCUGCUCGUCAAAAAGUUUUUUGGGCUAGUUGAAAUGACAUCUGGACUAGUGCAUGCUACGCUACAGCUUGCCCAAAUAUCACUCUGUAAAACUGACUUUCUUACACCUUGAGGAAUGACAUUAAAAAAUUGUUAGGAAUAUUGUUUAUACAAUUGUACCAAAUAUUUUGAAAAUAUUAUAAUAAGAAAGGACAUUGCCUUUUGUUAUACAUGUAAACCACAGGAUGUUGCUACCUUUCUGGAGGAAAUGGAAACCACUGAGGUUCUCCUAGAUGCUGUCUUGAGGUCUCAGAGUGCAAGAGUGACUGUGAGUGUAGAUGUCCACAAGUCCUGAACCGUACACAUAUAAUUUAUUACUUAUUUAUUUUUAUUUAUUUAUUUAUUAUUCAUUUUUACUUCAUUUUAUUUUAUUUAUUUUUUUUGUUGCAAAAUUUUAAAUCUUUUUCUUCUUAAUUUAACAUUAGCAUGAUAACUGUACAUAGUUUCUGUUGACUACUAAAUGUAGAUGUAUCUGUAGAUGUAGAUGUAGACGUAGAUUAUUUGGGGACUGGGUUGAUAUGAGUUUAUCCAGUGGUUAUAGUGGUGGUGGUGGUGAGCGGAGGGGUGUUGGCCAUUGAUGUUUGGUGAGGGAGAUGGGGGUAAUACAAAAGAGAGAGUCCCAGAUUUUACAUAUGUACAUCUCCAGAGGUUGACAUCUCUGGUUUAUCCUAACAUAUACCGUAACCCCUGAUAUUGUUCUGUGGCUGAAUCCUUAAAUGGGCAAGAUAAUAUAGUGAAUCCUCUGUUCUGACUGGCUAUCCCAGCAGGCAAGAUGGGUCUGCAUGUACAGGUUGUACCUUGCCCACUCAAGAUUUCUUGCUUGGGUUGGAAAAAAAAGUUCUUUUUUUGGCCACAUAAUAAAUCCUUUUACUGAUAAAGCUUAUUCAUUCAAGAUGACUGGAUAUUGGCCUCAUUUUGCUUUGCAUUUUAAAGCAAGGGUCUCGGCAUCUCAGCAAAGUUUUAUUGUACAUUCACCACACCCGGUGUUGAUGCUAUAGCAAAAGUGUACUCUGUUUAAGUAGCCAGGGGUUUCGUCAAUCCUGAAUGGGAUCAAAAGGAAAGAAAGACAAUACAGAUCACUAUAGUGUAUUCUAUUGCAUAUUUAAGUUAACAUUAUUAUGUUAAAAACUAAGACUUAUCUUACUGAUCUUUCCCUUGUUACACAUAGGAAAUUUGUGUUGGCAUUCUGGCAAAUAUGGCAUGCUCCCAUGAAGUUUGCACAAAGAUGAUGAGAAACAAAGAGCUUGUGUAAGAUUUUGAAAUUAAAUAACAUGAUGGCAUCUAGAUAUUACAUAUAUGUAAUAUACGGGGUGUACUGUUUUAUUUACUCUAGCUGCAUGGUCCGGAUUUGUAGAUAAUAAUUUAGGGUAGGUUCAAAAGCUUUGAAAAAUUCAAUUCCACCUACAGUGUAUUUGAAUUGAAUGCACCUUACUCUUGUCAGUUAGUUGCAAGACAAGACAAGACAAGAUGAUUUAUUAAACUCAGCUCAGUUUUACAUGACAUAAAGGUUAAAUUACGUAGGCAUCUAAACACAGUACAACUAAGGAAUACAAGAAAAAUGGUAACAUGGUUUGUUUAAAAAUGGUUUUUGUUAUCAUUAUUUUUCAGGAACCUUGUAGCAGCAUUAUUAGAUGAACCUGAUGCACCUGUUUUGGUAGAGGUGACCAGGUAAUGUUAUUACCUAUCAAUGUACAGUAAGCAUGUUAGACCUAAGACCUUAAGGUCAGCAGUUUGAAUCUAGUCUCCAUGAGUGAGUCAUUACCCAGAUCUCUUAUUAACGAGGCCUAAGGAGAGAUCUGGUCAAAUCUGAUUUGUACACAUGAUUGCCUGUCAGGAAUGUGACAGGUGAUGCAAGAGCUCGUGCUUAAAAUAAAUCCUCAAUUUGAUAGAGCUGUAAAGUUUUUUUUUACCAAAUCGUGGUUAUACGUGCAUCUUGAGUGUGAACCAACUAAUUUGUUGUUGUUGUUCUUUGUAACAGCAACUUACUCAACACGGCAGUGAAUUUAAAUUUAAUUAUCAUAGCACGCUGAGACCUCAAAGCAGUAUGCGUCAACUUCUAUGCGAGAAUUUUUUUACCCUUUUCAAAAGUCUAUAUUGAUACUGAGAGAGUUUUAAAAUGUCUUUAACCCAUUCGCUCCUGGAGAUUUUUCCCAAAAACGCGUUUUGAAGCUAGUCGAGUGGUUUUCUGGUCACUGUCGUAUAUUAAAACUUACCACAAAACGGUUUACAGGUUCACUUGCCGCCUUUGAUCCAGAUGCAAAAUAUCGCUUCGAAGUUCCCCGCAGAAAGCAAAAUUUCGAGUUUUUGGGUUUAAAAGUGACACAGCAGUCUUGACUUUUUACUUUUCGCUUUCUCUCCUCCCUUCUUUUUUUUGCUUUUUUCUCUUGCUGGGCAUUUAGUAGGCUUCAUUUUGGUGGGAAGAGUUUUUAGGAAAGCUUUUAGGAUCUUAGGAUUAGGUGAAAGGAAAGGAAGGUGGGUAAUGGAACAAAUGAUUUUCAGGUCCUUUAAUUUUUCCAUAGUAUAUUCUGGUAUGGUUUGAAAGCUGCACAAGUUAGCAAAGAAAGUUGUCCUUGACCGUUAAAACUGAUAUAGAAAGGACCUGGAUCCGCACGGGCGGUUACGGGCGGUUCAGGGGCGAAUGGGUUAAAGAUAAGAUAAAAAUGGUUUUACAAGUUAUAUUGAGUUAAAAAAACUACUUCUUCAGUGAAAAUAUUUUAUUUCAACAGAACUGAAGACUUUGUAAAGAAUGAAUUGCACACACCAUAGCGCAUGCAGGAGACAACACUCACAUCAUUUGCUCACAAUCUAGCCAAUCAGAAAAAUUGAAUUUUCUUACUUGACCAGAUCUCACCUUCGGGUUCAGCAAUAAGAGAUCCGGGUAUGAGAUAAUAGUUGCUCUGUAGACCUCAACCUUUUGGUUAUUCCAAUCCAAUUCAGGAAUAUGCAAAGUUAACCUGGAUGGGUUGUCAUAGGAACAAUGUAAACACAAGAGUUAGCUAUGAAGGAAGGAGAUACUGGAAACUCACAUUCUCUUCUGCUUUAAUUUUUUCAUUAAAAAUGUUUUCACUGAUAACUUCACAGGAUUUUUUGUUACCUUUAUUUGUAUUUCAAUUUGUGUGGGAACUGUUUCAUUUUCAAAUGAUGGGUUGAAUUGGCUUUGCUCAAAAGGAUCAUCUUAACACUUGAUAAUAUGUGGAUAGGUGCAAGUUCAAAUUCUAGCACCAAAAGUUUUUCCCUGUCUAUAAUGUAUAAGCUACUACAGUGUGGGAUUGCAAAUUCAGGCUAGGAAAAGAAUCUGCAGUAGACAAAGUAGUGUCUGAUAGCCUGGGAGUAGUGGACUUUGCUAUUGGGCUAUUGAAUUCUUUUCUUAACAAGUUGCCCAGUGGGCAAGUGAAGUUUUUUGGAGAAAUCAAAAUAAAAUUACAGAAGAACUGUAAUCAAUCGUGCUGUCAAAAACUUUUUUGAGCCUAGUCAAAUGACUUUUGGACUAGUACAUGCUAGCUGCAGUUUUCCUACUCUUUGCACCUGAACUGAUUGGGCAAGUGUGAUACCAGGGUUUAAUUUUCUCUCUGUUGACCUAACCUUACAUUCUACUUAUGUACUAUCUAGAAUAAAAAUGAUCAAUUCCUUUUUUAUUGUAUGCUGAAUUUCUUGCCUUUGUAUUAUUUUAAUAAUAGUACAAUUCCUCAACUUUCUGCUUAUUCUUUAGACUGAUUCACGUGUGUUUGAGUAACAAUGAAGUGUUACUGAAAUGGAAGGAUGUGCUAGAAACUGAAACAGUAUUCAAGAACUUAAUGUACAUUCUGGAAAACUCUUUGAAUGGUGAGUUUUUUAGUUACUGGUAAAAUAGGCAAAUUGUUUAUAAUGUCUAAAGGGUCAUUUAGAUUAUGCUCAUCAUUCUCUGUUGGAGCUAUAGAAAUAGCAUUUCUGAUUAAACUCGUCAAUAGAGAUGAGCUUGUGGGGGAGGUGCCUGUGAGGUUGGUGUAGCCCCAAACUGCAGCUCAGUGCAAGGGCAAAAUGUUUUGCUCAGGGGAGGGGUAGGUGGGCAGUUUCCAGUUAACAGUAUAAUGAUCCCAAUGGGUGAUCCUUGACAAUCCUGAGAGUGACAUCCACCCUGGUACCAUCACACUGCUAAUCAGUGGAACCUAACAUACUUACCAUAUACUUACCGUAAGCAGGGGGAGGGAAGGGAGCAGAAAAACACUCUGUCAGCACUAGCCACGACAGGCAACAACACACAAACAUAGUAGCCUGACCAGGGUGUUAAAAUACCCACAAACCCCUGGAAUGCAAGAAGGGUGCAUAUCUCCAACAAGAGACAGCUGGCCAGCAAUAUCUCGAGUUUAACUUAGCCUAAAUUUUAUUUAGCUUCAUUUAGCCACAUAUGAUAAAUUAUUUUAUUAUUAUACAAGGACUAACUACAUCAGCGUAAAAAUUUAAGCCCAGUGUACUACAAUCAUCAAUAAAAUCCACUCUUCCAGUAUGCGCCAUAUCUCAGAUGUAUAAAUUUCUAAAGUACGAACAAAUGUAAUUUUUAUUUUAUCGUACGUUGUGUUUUGUUUGCCAUGCAAUAGUAAAAACACAAUAAAAUAAUAAGGUCUGCUUUUCGAGAUAUUUGCUUCUCAGCAAUUCCAUGGCUUUGAUUGCCACUAUUAGAUUAUUUUUAAUUGCAUGCAAGAAGCUAUUGCUUAUAUGUAGAUUUCUGACAUACAUGUUCUUUUCAACGUUUAAUUUGUUCAUAUCUUUUUGCAAAAAACCUGAUACUGUAUAGGCCAAAUUGGGCAAACUUUUUGGUCGUCAGUUGUAACCACUUAUGCUGUCAAGGUGAAAUAAGAGGUUACAUGUAAUAAAGAAAAAAAUGUUACCACAUACUGUCAAAAAAGAAAACCUUCACUGAAGUACGUAAAUACUAGUCAAAUCUGUUUCAUGAAAAAUGUCAGUCAGACUGUGGUACUUUUCAUCUUUAACAUUAAUUUUUUUGAAAAAAAAAAAAUAUUUAAACACAAAUUAUAUAUAUUUGUUAACAUCUAUUUUUUACACUGAUUACCGCUAAGGUUUACACUUGCAUGUAAAUUCUGCUGUUUAUUUUAAAGUGGAUCUCCUGACCAAUUGUUCCCAAGUGGUGGACAAGGUUCUUGAUUCAAGUGAUGAAAUGUUAAGGACUUGGGCUGAUUUACCACUUGUGACUGCUGUUUGUGAAGCUAUGAAACAGAUGCAUAUGAGGUAGAGCAAAAUAUGAACUUAUUUCUGUGAGAAUGUGUGCUUUAAUAAACAGAUGCAUCAUAGACAGUCGCUUGGAAUAUACAGCAAAAUAUGAAAUUUUAUUUCUUUUGUUUGAGAAUGGGUGCGAUAAUGAAUUGAAACAAAAGAAAAUAAAAUAAACAGUCGCUUGGGAUAUACAUGUAAUGUUGAGCGUGAAAUUAACUAUUUUCCUGGAACCACUAGGUUCCUAAACAUUUAGGGUGGUGGCAAAAUAAUUCAAAAACAUGGUGGCAAAAUAAAUAAUUAAUUGACCAGGAUCCUUCAGGGUUUUGCUUUCUUGGCAAAUUAGGUCUUUUGUUCUUUAAACCUCACUGGGAUUACAAAAUUUAAAUUGAAAAACGAAAAAAAGCUCUGUAAAAACGCCAUCAUGAAAAUGGUAAAACUGAAAAGUGAAAUGUGCAAGAGGUUUGUUCACCUGUAAGAAAGACCUGGCAAUGUGUGUCAUAUUUAGGAGACUCCUGGAUAAUAAAUUGUACUUAGGGGGUAUUAACCUCUUAAGUUCGUGAUUUGAUCUAGGCGGAGGGAGGGGUUGAGAGUUGAGUGGUGAAAGUUUCUAAACAAAAGUUUAAUUAUUUUUGCCUUUGUUUUUCAUAUUGCACAGAUCUGAGCAGCUUCACAUUGUAGAAACCCUUCUCCAUAUUCUUCAGAUGAUUUCCACAGUUGAACAAGGCGUACAAGGAUUGGGUGAGUAAAAAAUGGUGGUACUAGCUAAGCACAAAGGUCUGGAGCAAUAUUGUACUAUAGAAUUCGAAAUGUAACAGCCCGUGUUGCUUUCUAAUUUAGCAGGCUAAAGGGGCAGCUACUUUAGGGUUAAACCAUUACUUUUGGGUAGUCAUUACAUUCAGAUGGUAAAAAAUAUUAGUGAUUUUUCCCAGUCAUGAAAAACAUGAAAAGGUCAUUUUGUUUAAUCAUGUGACUAAUUACCUGCAAUACAACCAAAAAAGGCCCCAAAUGUUGUUUCUUUAGGGCAAGAGAUCACCAUGUAAUGAAUUCCUAUAUCAUUUGACUCUUCUUACAAAAUUAUGCAGCUUUUAAAACAUAGUUUCAAGAAGGAUUCAGUUAUAUUCGCGAUUGCUUCACAAAUGACUCUUCAAGCUGUUUUGUUGAGACAAUUUCGCAUCUAUGAUACCAAAGAUUUUCACAUGUACUUGUUAAAUUGAUAGAUAGAUAGGUAGAUUGAUUGAUUGAAACAAAUUAAUUCUCCUAUUUUUCUUGCUGUGCCUAGUGAGUUGACAUGUGUCAGUGUUGUUCUGUUCACUGAUCCCAUCAGUGUUUUGCCAUUUUCAAUGGGUUUGAUUUCAGUGAAAUAUCAGAUUGAUUAAAAAAUAAGAUAUUGGACAUGAUGAAUGGGGGGCGCCAUGUUUUUUUUUAUUUUGUUGGCGUGAAGUGUCCCGGGGUAGACACCAGUAUGGAGUCCUACAUGAUCUGUUCUGAAUGUGAUAAUUGUAUGACUCCUUGGUAAUUGCAAGUCUGAUCCCAAAGUUUUUUGAAAGCCAUUUUGGACCUCAAAAAGGUUGAAGCAAUACCAUGAUGUAUUUUCAAGUUCCAUAAACGAAAUAGCAUUGGGUUGUGUUGACAAUCAAAAAUUUCAUUGGAACGGGGUUUUAACACUCUUUUUGUGUUUCUUAAAAUCUUUCUAUGAUAUUUCAAUAAGCUUAUGUAUGAAUGAAUUAUUUUUCUUGUUGUUAAGAUAUGAAAUGUAGAAUUUGAGGGAGAUUUUGUAUGCUUUGAAAUAUCAGAUUGAUUAAAAAAUAAGAUAUUCAACAUAUAUUCUACACAUACCAGUCUCUAUUCAACAUAUAUUCUACACAUACCAGGAUUCUUCAUUACAUAUCGUUAAUACCAUCAACUGACAUGGUACAAGUCACUUUGACUCUGAAGAUGACUGCCGCACAGGUUGUCGAAACAUCAGUCACUGUCAACAACAGUCCUAUUCAGGACUACACACUCACCGAGAUGAUCAUGCUCUACCCACUUAUAGAAGUACUUGGAUGCUUAGCCAGUUUGAUGUUGAUUUUUUCAUGUCUAUAAUAAUAUUGUGCUAUGUUGGACUUGAGACACCCCUAAAGAUAUAUGGUAAUCUUAAAGGCUGGGUUAAGGGUUGUGUAAUGUUACUUACUAAUAAUUUUCUUUGUAUCUUACAGAGCCAAGGAAUCAUGAAGGUUCUGUUGGGCCUUCUGGGAUAUUCAUGUAAGAUUCAUCGUAAAAGAAGCAAAAGCAGCUUAAAUAGAUUUUCCUUCUCUGAAAAUGAGGAGAACAGAUUAGACAGAAGCCUCAGCUGUGAAGAAAGACCUGUUGGCGACCAGAAAACUGAUUCUGAGACUAACACUGCUGGUGAUCAGCCUUCAGGAAAUAGCAGUGCCAUAAAAAGGGAAAAUAACACUAAUGAAGGAAAUGAUGUACAUGUUUCUUCAAAUGAUCACAUAAAAAACCCAAAAGAAGAACAAGCUGAUGAAGCAGAAGGUAUGGUCAAUCUUCUCGCAUAAUCAAACACUAGGUCCUAGAGAUCAAUACCUUGUGCUACUCUGGAAUCAGUAAUGUGGACAUCCGUCAUACUUAUACCUUGCACAUAAUGAAGAUUAAAUCGGAAAUGAAAACUGAUAUGUAUGUGUACAUAUUUAUGAGGGGAACUCACAUAAAUUUAUCAUAACUACAAUUUAUCACUAGUAGCCAAUAACGUUUGUGCUUUUUUGUGUGUGUUGUGAAUAUGUAUAUAAUCAUAUGGGUGAGUGUACCCCUGAGCAUAUGCUGCCUAUUCUAGGCAACUCUUUUGAAUUUUUUUCACUUAGUAUGCCGGACAAGCAUACUUAGAAUUUAGUAAGUUCUUUGUUAGUUUAUUUUGUGUAUACUCGAUUCUGAUCUCUUUACUUACUACUCCAGAAGGGUAGGUGUGGAUAGGGCCCGUUUUAUUCCCUUAGUCACUGAGUGUAAUAUCAGCUGUCUUUGUUACAUGCUGUGCUCUGUGGUAAAGCUGAAGAAAGCCAUGCAUGCAUGCAGAUGAAAAUGGAAUAAAAGACCGACCGAAGACCGAAUAAAAUACCAACAUGCAUAGAACAUGGCCGUACUAAGCGUACUAAUGUACUAAGACUGAAAAAAAUACCCACAUACAUAGAACAAGACCGAAUAAAAUACCAACAACCAACUCAUCCAACAAAUGGCAUAACCUCCAGCAAUUAUGGGAGGGCAAGUGCUCUAACCACUACAACACAACCUUCGCUCCCUAAUAUCUUGGCUACCAAGGAGGUACUGGUAAUUAUUAAUUUCAAGAGCAGCUCUGAUUAUUUAAAAUUUUUGUAGGUUCUAGAAGGGAAUCAAUAGAGGUUGUAGCUUGUUCUUCAAGAGAUGAGCUUUUUAAUAUGGAAACUGCAACAGACCAUGAAGAAGGUCAUGAAGGUGAUAUUCCAGAUGUCCAUCACCAAUAUUUUACAGUGGGAACUGGUUUUUUAAAAGAUGUUAUCUCAGAAUCAGCCAAGGUAAGAUUAAAUUGUGCCCAGGAAUGUUAAUGGUGAACUCUUUUUCACAGUGAUUAGCAAAGAGUUGAAUCCAGAAAUGAGGGAUACUUCACUGGGUAAUGGGCAAGCAGGACAUUUUGGUUGGCCAUUUUUCAAGUUCCAGAAAAACCUCAUUCUUUCAAAACGAGGCCAAGUUUUAAUUCUUUCUUGUUAGACGAGUCCCUUGUAUCAUCCCAAUAAUGAUAAAUGACAGCUAGAUCAUAUGCCAGCUAUUGUGACCUCUGUUUACUUGGAAGGAAAAGAACACAACAACAAUUGGAGGAAAAUGGCUAUGAGCCUGCACUCAUAGUCGCUCUUACUCAAAUAUGUAUUUUCAACAAACUGUUUAAUACAUUAUCUGGCUCAGUAAAGGUGAGGGAACAGAAAAUUCAUGUGUUAAUUCACUGUUGAACCCAGACGAAUGAGUCAAACCCAAAGAUGCUACUCAUAUGACUGACUCUUAAGUGCAGAGGGGUAUAACCUUUCUUAAUUCGCUACACCCCACAUCUAGGUUCACUGGGACUACUUUACUAUUAAUAUUUAUUAUAAUUACAGUAGGAAGGAUAGGCAUAAAAAUCCUAUUUGCAGGCAGAUAUUUCCUUUAUUUAUAUGAAAAAUAAAUAUUUUUAGUAUCAAUCAUAAUACUUUAUUUAUUGAUUUCUUCACACUUACCCUCGCUUUGACACCGAGGCUUGGGUUGGAAGGAGGUUUUUAAAUUGGCACAUAAUGCUGGUGUAACCUUCAUCCUUGGGAAGUAGUUAGUUAGUUCUGGCUUUGUGAACCUCCUGUGCUUGAAUUUUUCCUUUAUCUUAGCACAGUCCUUUUAAUCUACAGGCUCCCAAGUGUGUUUCAAGCAUGAUAGCACCUCAUGAAACACUCCUGCAAAAGAUUGUUCAUUAUGCCAGCAGAAUAAAGGUUUACAACACAUUGGUAAGUUCGCUUGUUAACUGUGACCACUAUGUAUGAGCAUAAUGGUUAUUAUCCUUCUUGUUUGUUCUGCAACAGCAAUGUCAGAGUAAACUUUUCUGCGGAAAGUAAUACUACAGGGGCACCCAACGACGAUUUUUGGAAAAUAUCUGUUCGGAAGAUGAUUUGAGAUCUAGAAUUUUCGGAACAUUUGUUGUUAAAUUUCUUGCUUGCCUGACUCUCCUAGGAUUUUCGAACCCCUCAAAAAUGGUAUAAUUGCCCAUUUUUAAUGGAUUUUUACCCUAAAAAGGUCACCUAGAAUUUUCGGGAGCCUUUUUUCUGGCUGAAAUUUUCGAAAAGGUAAGUUUUCAUCCCUAUAUAUUUCGGAUCACUAGACUUUCAGCUAGGAAAUCCGAACAGAUGAAAAAUUUCUAGGGGAUAAAAAUAUGCCUAUAAUAUAUCUACCGUUUAAAUACUAGAAUGCGUUCAACAAUGCUAGUUUAAGUGGUUUUGAACUAUAUUCUCGUUGGGUGCCCCUGAUACUAUUUUCUUUUAAAUAUUCCAAAUUGAAAGGAAUGUUCGCAUUUUCCUGAGACUAUAUUUUUGAAAAAUUGUGACUUCUUCAAGUUGGAUCUAUACUACUAGUGAUCGGAUCAUUUGUAAAAAUGGUAUUCAUAGAGGUCCUUUUACAUUGCUUUCUUUCAAUAAACCUUGGUUAUUUUGUCUGGUGAGUCCAAUCUAUAUAUGUUUUUGUGUGUGUGGCAUCUAAAUACAGUAGUAGAUUCUAAUUGUAAGAAGGGAGGGUAACCCAGGUAAAAGGGUUCUCAUUGCCAGGAGGUUUACCCUAACACAUGCACAUUUCCUAAUUUUUUAUGCUUCAUGUUUACAAGGGAGGUAGGGUUACCCUAGUACCAUGCUUACCUUUCCUGAGUACAAAGGUUAUCCGAGCAAGAGGGUUAUGCUACCAGCCUUGUAAAAUAACUCACCUACGUGGGACAACAUUGCUCUGUCAUAAAUGUUGGAGUUAUCCAAUUUUUGAGCUUAAUUUUAAACAUCUGAACAGUGUAAGGUAUUUUCUGUCAGGUAUACAUUGAUAAUAUAAUAUUAUAAUUUUAUAGUGUUUUUUUGUGACAAUUAAACAUGUUUUCCAAAGAGAUCUUUGAGAUUUUAUUCAAAUCUUUGACCUUUCAAUGAACUUUUAUUUUAGUCUUCUUAAAUUGUCGUGCUUGAUGAAACAAGUCAGUCAGGGGGCAGAUCCAGAAAAUUCAUAAAGCGGUGGCCGGGACACUUGCUCACUUGCCAGCUAUAUAGAUACUUUUUAUUUUUCUGAGAAUUCUAUAAUAAUAAUACAAAAUUUCAAAGAAAAAGGGGUGGCUACGGCCCCCUCUGCCCACCCCUAAAUCCACCCUUGUCAGUCUCACCUGAAAAGUUCACCCAGAUGAUAGAGUAACCCUACCUUUCAAAUUUUGCUUAUAAACUGGAGGUAAUCUUUAUCCUGCUUGCUAGGGUAACCCUAGCACAAGGGUUACCCUCCCUCCUUGUAAUCAGGCCCUAAGAUCAGUAAUCCAGUUUUGAAUUUUCUCCCAUGAAUGUGUGAAUGCGGCAGGGAAGUCUGUUAGAUUUUGUACAUCAGUUUCUCUUGCAUGACCUAACUGAAAUGUGAAAUUUCAGGUAUCUGACUUGGUAGAAUCUACACUCAGCAUAUCUGAAUUGUCCUCCCUACACAAAAAGCUGUCAGAAAGACUAUAUACACAUAAGGUGAGAAGUGGGCUUGGU